GGUAAGGGGGCGUGGCCACCGGCGGGAAGGGGGCGUGGCCGCCGCCGCCGCCAUGAGGCCGCGCGCGCUCCCGCCGCCGCCGCCGCCGCCGCCCGGGGGGAUCCUGAGGCGGGGGGGGCGCGGGGGGGGCAACCGGCAGGUGCGUUUCGCCGUCCAGGACGAGGAGGAGGAGGAGGAGGAGGAUGAAGGCGCAGCGGCGCCCCCCGCCCUGGCGACCCCCACCGUGCACAGCAGCGGCCGCGGGGCUCCCGGUGCGGCGCCCCCCGAACCGUUCGACGCCCCCCGGGCGGCGGCAGCGCUGCUCCGGUGCUCCUUCGCCGCCCGCUCGGCGCUGGGCGGGGCGGCGGCCGCGGCCAUGAACGUGCCGCCCGCCCGCCGCCUCUUCCGCGGCCUCGUCAGUCUCGCUGUGCCCCCCCCCCAACCGGGGCCGCGCAGGGGGGGCGCCGUGAGCCCCCCCCCGCAGGGCCCGGGCCCGUCGCUGGCCGCGCUGUCCGGGACCCCCGGGACCCCCGGGACCCCCGCCCGCGCCGUGGGGUGGCCGUGGCCCCCCCCCCCCGCGCCCCCCGCGCCCCCCCGGGCGGUGCCGCGCCCCCCCCCCACCGCCUUCACCAUGUACCGAAAGCUGCAGCAGUGGGGGGGGCGCUGAGGGGGCGCCCCCUCCCCAAAAUCCCCCUUUUUCACCCCAAAAAUAAUAAAUUUGUGAUUUUGGA